AUGGAUGCAGCUAUUGAGCAAUAUGCACCAGUUGAAACUCAUAAUGAUAGUCCAACAGUAUCAUUAUCUUUACCAUAUACUCUUCAUCCAUCUUGCCUUCAUAUGCAAGUUCGAUCUGGUUCAAAAACAAAAAAUUUAGUUCAAUUUGCAGUACGAAAAUUAUUUCCAUCUGAUCAAAAUUCAACAAAUAUUGAACAAGUAACAUGGAAUGCAUUCGGUGAUGGUAUAUCAAAAGCAAUAGCAUGUGCUGAAAUGAUAAAACGACGUUCAACAAUAAAUUUCUAUGAAUAUGUUCAAAUUGGUUAUAAACGUAUUGAACAAACUUGGCAACCAGUUAAUUUAAAUGUUGAAUUAGAUACACUAAAAGUGAAUAAAGAUAUUCCAGCUAUUUGUAUUCUUCUUUCAAAAAUUCCUUUGUCGAAUUUAAAUGAAGGAGAAAAUUAA